AUGUCUAUUUUGACCCUAUAUGAGAUAUCUGUGAGUCUGACAGAAAUAGUAGACCGUCUGAAUACGAAUUUGCGUAAACACAACGAGUACUGCGCGGACAAGAUAAAUGACCUCAUUCAAAAUCUCUAUGAAAAGAACAAGGAGCAUCUGGAGAUAUAUAGACGUGUUAACAAAAGAUCCGUGGAUUCCGCUGAAGUUUCAAAAACUAUAGAAGACCUACGACAAAAGAUGAAACAAACAGGCAAUGAAGAGACUAUCGCCAGACUAGAGUUAGAAACUCGGUACUGGAACAAAAAGAUAAGCGACUUCAAUGAAAUUGCUAAGAUCCUUAUUAAGAACCGCUUGGAAUUUUACAAGUUGCAUGAUGAUCUGGAUGAUUAUAAGAGUAUAAGGUGCAAAGACUUACCCGGUACAAAGACCAUGUGCUUCGAUUUGAUUGGCGAGAAUUUAAGAGACAGGAUCGCUUACCUUGAUAGGAAAGAACUGGUUGUGGCCAGGACCCUUAUCACGUUCUUCUGUGUUCGAGGAACGGAUCGCGACCUAUACACGGAUAGUGUCGGCUCAUACUACUGCGAUGAGUUCUACCAUCAGAACUACAUCACUAAUUAUGGGCUCAAGUAUUUUCAUGUCAACUGCGACGGAGACUUCGUGGAGAACGUGGAGACUGAACCGUAUUACUUUGACGAAAAUGGCCGCUAUGUCAUAAGGGACGGCGAGAAGUUCCAUCAGUGUGCGCCCUGCACCAGUUUGUACAAGCUGACUGAAGAUGGGUUCUUCCAGAAGGUCACUAAGGACUGCGGCCAUUCUGAGAGAGUCAAUCCUAACUGUCGGAUGGAGAUUAAGGAUUUGACCGACGCUGUUAUAUUGCCUAAGAAUGACUUUGUUGAUAUUACUGGUAAACUCGACAGUGAUUCGGUGAAGUUCCUUUGGGACAGUUUCGGAAUGAUACUGCCUGAAGUCUUGUACGCAGUCGCCACGCAUCAGCCUAAAAACCCUAUACACUACAUGGCCCAUAUACUGAUCAAGCGAAGAUUCGAAGCGACUAAGCAAGAGUUCCGUAAACUGACGAAGAAGGCGGAUAAGUACCGCACUAAACUUCACGAGGAACGCAUUCAAAAAACCAAAGCCGAGAGACUUGCGUGGAAAUCUAAGUUGAUCAAGUAUGCCAAGCCCGAAGAUUUGGAUGACACCCAUCAACAAGCGAUGAGCAUGCAAAAUGUUUCUGAUUGGACGUUCCUUAAUUUUUUACAGAAUUACUAA